UCUCUCUCUCUCUCUCUCUCUCUCCUCUUACAAGAACCAAACUACAGUGGUGUAUGCAAGAAACACAGAGCUCCCUCCAAUAUACAAAAUAAUUAACAAGAAAAAUAAAUUCAACCUCAAUUCUCCAUAAUUUUUCAAUUAUUUAUCCCUUUUAAUUCUCCUUCGAAACAAGAUAUCUAAAUUAUAAUUUUUUUUCUCAAAAAAUUGUUACAUUCGAUCCCCAUUUUGUUAUUAUCCUCACUUGCGAACUCCAUUGUUCCUUCUCUGGUAGCACUGCGUCACAGGUAAUUACAAUUGUGUUUAGAACCCUAAGAAAAAAGGGGGGAACUCCAGUAUUUUACGUUCCUGGUGUACAAUUUUUUUGUGGGGCGUUUUUGCAUACUGUAUAUACAGAUCUAAAUUGGCGGGGUUUUAUUGUUGUUCAAUUGUUUAUUUUAUUGCUAUGCGGCAGUUUGAAGUGUGGAGGACUAAAAUUCUAGGGUUUUGUUUUUCAAUGCCACAGUGUGAUGCGCAUGGGAGAUGUUUGGUCAGGGUUUUGGAAUUUGAAGUUCUGGGUUAGCCUGUCGAGAGAAUUCGCAAGGCUAUAUGGCUCUCCGGAAAUAUGUUCCCGCUGGUAAUUCGACUCCUGUCAAUAUUAAAUCUUUGACUUUCUCGAAUAAGGACAAUGGGAAAGCCAAGGAGACAGAUUUGCAGAGGCGACCUACUGAAGCUGAUGUGGAUAUUGAUCUUAGAGAGAUAUAUUUUCUGAUCAUGCAUUUCCUCUCCACUGGACCAUGCCACAGGACUUAUGGGCAGUUUUGGAAUGAACUCUUGGAGCACCAACUUCUCCCUAGAAGAUAUCAUGCAUUUUACUCACGUGGUGGCAUGCAGAGUGGAGAUGAAAAUGAUGAUGGCAUAUCUUUUCCCCUGAGUUACGCUAAUUUGGUAGAAAGGCAUCCACAUGUCGAAAAAGAUCACUUGGUAAAGCUUCUGAAGCAAUUAAUUGUAGGUGCAGUUGCUCCUUCACGAGACUUGAUUGGUGGAAAUAUAGUGAAUGCAGCUACAGUACCUACUAUCCUGGGAACUGGAUCUUUCUCACUUCUGGCCAGUGAUCACAAUGAACGGGACAACAAAGAUAGACGUCCCCCAAGCUACAUGCGCUGGCCCCACAGACUGGCAGAUCAAGUGCGUGGGUUAUGUUUGAGGGAAAUUAAUGGUGGUUUUUCUAGGCAUCACCGUGCGCCAUCUACUCGUGCUGCUUGCUAUGCCAUCGCAAAACCAUCCACAAUGGUGCAAAAGAUGGAGAACCAAAAAAGGGUUAGGGGACAUCGUAAUGCUGUUUAUUGUGCCAUAUCUGACCGGUCUGGGAGGUAUGUUAUUACUGGUUCUGAUGACCGUCUUGUUAAAGUAUGGUCAAUGGAAACUGCAUAUUGCUUAGCCAGCUCCCGAGGACAUGAAGGUGACAUCACUGACCUGGCGGUGAACUUCAACAAUACUCUUGUCGCUUCUGCUUCAAAUGACUGUGUAAUCCGAGUUUGGCGCCUGCCUGAUGGGUUACCGAUCUCUGUACUGCGGGGUCACACAGGAGCAGUUACUGCUAUUGCGUUCAGUCCUAGACCAGGCGCUUUAUAUCAGCUUUUAUCGUCCUCUGAUGAUGGAACUUGUCGAAUUUGGGAUGCUAGAUAUUCCCAGUUCACUCCACGCAUAUAUGUACCAAGACCACCUGAUCCUACAGCUGGGAGAAAUAGUGUUCCCUCAUCCAGCACUGCUCAGCAGACAUGCCAGAUUUUCUGUUGUGCGUUCAAUGCUAGCGGAACUGUUUUUGUCACAGGCAGCUCUGACACUUUUGCGAGGGUUUGGAAUGCUUGUAAAUCCAGUGUAGAUGAUUCAGAGCAACCUAAUCACGAGAUAGAUGUUUUAGCUGGUCAUGAGAAUGAUGUAAAUUAUGUGCAGUUCAGUGGCUGUGCGGCAGCUUCCAGAUUUUUCCCUUCUGAUGCCUCAAAAGAAGAUGCGUUACCAAGAUUCAAGAAUACAUGGUUCAAUCACGAUAAUAUUGUUACAUGCUCUCGUGAUGGUAGCGCAAUCAUUUGGAUACCAAGAUCACGUAGAUCACAUGGAAAAACUGGGCGGUGGAUUCGAGCGUAUCACCUGAAAGUUCCACCACCUCCGAUGCCACCUCAACCCCCUCGAGGAGGUCCACGCCAAAGAAUUCUACCUACCCCUCGUGGUGUUAAUAUGAUUGCAUGGAGUUUAGACAAUCGUUAUGUUCUUGCAGCUAUCAUGGAUUGCAGAAUAUGUGUGUGGAAUGCUGUUGAUGGUAGCUUAGUUCAUUGUCUGACUGGUCAUACUGAUUCUACUUAUGUACUGGAUGUGCAUCCUUUUAAUCCUCGCAUAGCAAUGAGUGCUGGAUAUGAUGGGAAAACAAUAGUGUGGGAUAUAUGGGAAGGUACAAUAAUCCGGACAUACCCAAUUGGUCCAUUUAAGCUGGUUGAUGGGAAGUUCUCACCAGAUGGAACAUCUAUUAUUCUUUCUGAUGAUGUUGGUCAAUUAUAUAUAUUGAGCACUGGGCAAGGUGAAUCCCAGAGAGAUGCUAAAUAUGAUCAGUUCUUUUUAGGGGACUACCGCCCUCUCAUUCAAGAUACACAUGGAAAUGUCCUUGACCAGGAAACACAACUUGCUCCUUAUCGUAGGAAUAUGCAAGAUCUCCUCUGUGAUUCUGGGAUGCUUCCAUAUCCUGAGCCUUAUCAAAGUAUGUACCAGCAAAGGCGGCUAGGAGCUCUUGGUCUUGAGUGGCGCCCUUCAUCUCUGAGAUUUGCUGUUGGUGUAGAUUUCAGUCUGGACCCAGAUUAUCAUAUGCUUCCCAUAGUUGAUUUGGAUACAUUAAUUGAUCCACUACCUGAGUUUGUUGAUGCAAUGGAUUGGGAACCAGAAGUUGAGAUACAUAGUGAUGAUAAUGAUUCAGAGUAUCACAUAGCAGAGGAUUACUCAUCUGGAGGUGAGCAAGCCAGUUUAAGUUCUGAUUCUGACGAGGCAGAGUCGAGUUCUGGGAACAGUGAGAUUGAGGACUCACACAGAGAUCGCUUACGUAGAUCAAGGAGAAAGAAGCAGAAGGUAGAGGUGGAGAUAAUGACAUCUUCGGGCAGGCGUGUGAAGAGGAAGAAUUUGGAUGAGUGUGAUGGCACUUUAAUUAGGAACAACCGUUCUAGAAAAUCAGGAAAUGGCAGAAAAGCCUCAAAAAAGAAGUCCUCGUCGAAGUCGAGGCCUCAAAGAGCUGCGGCUAGAAAUGCACUUCAUCUGUUCUCUCGAAUCACAGGAACAUCUACAGAUGGAGAUAUAAAUGGCUCUGAUGGUGAUUCACUAGAAAGUGGGUCGACACUGCAAGACUCGAGUUUCGCAAGUGAAGAAUCAGAUGUAUCUCUGCAAAAGGAAUGGUCUGAAAGUUCCAAGGGAAAAGAAAUAUCAUUGGAUCACCAUGUGGGCGUAAAUCAAGCGCAUCCACAUCCUGAAUCUCAUUCAAAUGCUGUGACAAAAGGGAGAUUAAUUCUAAAAUUGCCAAAUCCUGAUUCAAGUAAGUUUGCGUCUCAACAAAACUCUACGUCAAACAUCAAUGAAAGACAAUCUGCUGUAGCAGGCACAUCAUCUAGAACUCCUCAGAAAGUAAAUGAAUCAAGUAAGAUUUAUUUAGAUGAGGAGCAAAGCUGUGUUGGUUCUGAUGAUGGUGAUGUCAAUGGUAGAAGCAAUACGGGGCAGCAAAAUACGGUUGAACAUCAUGUAGAUCUUCUAAAAGGAUGCAAAAAUUCAUGGGGAGGGGUCAAAACUCGCACCUAUAAAAGGUUGAAGAUGGAAGAAUCCUUGUCAGCAGGUUUACUUGCGGGAUCUGGUUCAGUUCUUGACCAGCAUCCUAAAGCAGAAAAUAUUGCCAAUGGCCAUUCGACUGCAGCAGAGGAGCACGAAACAGAGCCCCCAAGUUCCAGAAUCCAAAAUCAGGAACACAAUUUGGAAGAAAUCGUUGAUGAGAGAGAAAAUCCAUCUACGAUCAAUAUGCCUGAAAGCUCUGGAGUAAAAAAUGUUGAGAGAGAAUUGGGAUUGGAUGUGGGCAAGGAUGAAGAUGAAUCCUCGAAUAAGUAUAAUGAGGUAUGCAAUGGUACAACCAUGCCUUCUGUUAGCGCUAAUGGGACAGAAAACCAAUUUAAAGGGAAAGAAAAUGGUGUCCGAAUCCCGACAAAGUUGCGAAUAAAAUCUGCUUCUAUUUUGAAGGACUAUGAUAGCCCCAAAAAAGCAGCUUUUGCUCAUCCAGCAUUGGAUAGAGUAAAAUGUGAAACAAUAUGUGAAAACCCCCAGGCAGAAAAUAAUUUAGAUUUUCAAGUUCCUGUGCAUGACGAUGGCAUUGGAACCUCAUGCUCGGAAACCAAAGAUCUUCAUCGAGUGCCGGAAACAGAGGGUCUUGUGAAUGGAGCUUCAUCCAGGUCUGUGUUGGAAGACUCGUUGAAACUAGAUUCAAAUAAAAGGAUGUUUACUGCUGUUUAUAGAAGGUCGAAGCCUUCAAGAGGUAGAAGUAAUCAAGAAGGUGAAUGUAGUACCAUGGAAGCAAGCACUAGCACUUCCAACGUUGAGAAGAAUAAUCCAGAUGGGGAAAUUGAGAUUCCACCAGAAGGGAUUCGUAGGGCCAGGUCUAUUAGAUUCAGGUCAAGUACCCGUGAUCUCAAGUUAGAAAGCAACUUCAAAUUUAAUGAACCCCAUAUUCAUUCGGAAGAUACUUCAAUUGAUGCUGACGAGGCUUCUCCGAGCAUAGAUGGAGAACGAGGAUCAGUAUUGAAGAACUCUAUUCGAUUAAGAUCCACAAGAAGCAAGAAAGGUAGUAAUUAUACUCGCGAUAAUACUAGUCCCCCCCCAACCAAAUCAAAAUCAAACCAAACUGGGAAAAAAUCCUGGUUAAUGUUGUCAGCGCACGAGGAAGUUUCAUCCCGGUAUAUACCCCAACUAGGUGAUGAAGUUGUGUAUUUGAGACAGGGUCACGGAGAGUACAUAACAAAUUGCACUACCUCGAGGAAUCAAGUUCCGUGGGAAACUGUUAAGCGAAACAUCAGAGCUGUUGAGUUCUGUAGGGUUGAAGAACUAGAGUAUUCAACACAUCCAGGCUCUGGUGAGAGCUGCUGUAAAAUGACACUUAAAUUUGUAGAUCCAACUUCUGAUGCAGUGGGUAAAUCAUUCAAGUUGAAUCUGCCGAAGGUGAGCGAUUUUCCGGAUUUUCUUGUGGAGAAAAGUAGGUACGAUGCGUCUUUGGCGAGAAAUUGGACUUGUCGAGAUAAGUGCAAAGUUUGGUGGGAUGAUGGUGACGAGGAUGGUGAUUGGUGGGAGGGUCGGAUUUUAAAUGUGAAGCCUAAAUCUGUUGAAUUUCCGGAUAGUCCAUGGGAAAGAUAUGUUGUGAAGUACAAAAGUGAUCCGACUGAAACUCAUUAUCACAGUCCGUGGGAACUUUAUGACACUGGUACUCGUGGUACUCAGUGGGAGCAGCCUCGUAUUGAUGGUGAUAUAAGAGAGAAGCUCACUCGUGAAUUUGCCAAGUUGGAGCUAUCUGGAGAGAAAGUCCAGGAUUAUUAUGGGGUUAACAAAUUGAGACAAGUUUCGCAGAAGACAAAUUUUAUUAACAGAUUCCCUGUUCCAUUGUCGCUCGAAGUAAUACAGUCCAGGUUAGAGAAGAACUACUACAGAAGGUUAGAGUCAAUGAAGCAUGAUGUUAGAGUGAUGCUAUCAAAUGCCGAAUCAUUCUUUGGAAAAAACGCAGAGCUUUCCGUAAAAAUUAAACGCUUGUCAGAAUGGUUCAGAAAGACGUUUUCGUCCUUGUAGUUUUUACCGAAACACAGUUUUGUAGAAAUUAGCCUUGGAGCUCUCCUGUUAUAUUGUAUAUAAUUUUCUUUUCUCUUUCAAAGUAUUAAUUUAUAUUUUUAACCAUAGAGAGUAGCUGCUAAAUUCAGGAAACCUUUAAAGGAAUCUUUUUACAGAAUGGAGGUACAGGAUUACAAAUAACUAACCAGAGUACUGCAGCAAAUCGCCGGCAGAGAUUUUCUUUGUGUAUAGUCUUUUUAUUUUUAUUUUUUUGACAUUUCAACGAUUUUUAAUAGAAAAUGUAUGUUAUAUAG